AUGCAGCGUCUCAUCAAGCCCCUGCAGGCAGCACUCACCGAUGGCCCGCAGGCCUCCUCUUCUCCCGCCGCCAGCACCGCCAUGCCUACUCUGUCAACUUUCAACGCCACUAGCGACGUCAACAGUUCCAGGCCGGCUGCCCUGUCUCAACCGGGUGCGUUCCUCAGCUCCGCGCACGACACCGUGAAAAUUCCGGUCACAUUCAACGCUGUGAGCGACACUGAGAACUCCGGGGCGACAGCCGCGUCGCAGCCAGCGUUCGUCGCCGCAAUGUCUACCACGACCAAGUUCCACGCAGUAAGCGACGCCAAGAGCUUCGGACCCUCAGCUGUGUCGCAGCCAGCUCUGCGCCGGGCCACGCAGGCCACCCCUUCCUCCACCUCCUCCUCCGCUCAUGAAUCCCCCGCACCUCCGACCCCAUCACCACCAGGAUCCUACGCUGCUACAGUGAAAGGGUCCUCGGCGUCGGCAUCCCUUUCUUCCGCAACUAUACCCUCUCCGUCCUUGGUUGACGAGAGCCGCUCCUUCGAUCUCCGGCUCACAAUGCUGGAGCGCCACCAGCGCGAGCAACAGCGCAUCUCCCAUGAAUGA